AUGAGGUCCCGUUAGUGAGACGGUCAGUUAAAGCACAUCAGGGAUUAUGUUUCAUCCAGUAUAGAGUUAUUCCUGAGUUUAGUUAGGGAUCUGAUUAGAAUCGCGGUGGAAGGGAUUGUGUUCAGGCAACAGAGAGAGAGAAAGAGAACCUGAAAAAGGACCAAGUUAGAAGGAGAACUCCACUCCCCCCUCCCCAAAAAUAAGUUCUCGAGGUAACGCAACAUUUCUACAUUUCUUCUGUGCAUGCAUUGUAACUCCAACAGCCUUGAAGUCGAGCAGUAACCAUGUGCAGGAGAGCACGAGCUCGUUCCCUUGGGGGCUUGUUUUUAUAGAUUAACGUGAAGCUGAUGGAGAAGCCCCCGUUGCCUAGCGAUGAGGAUAUCCCUGGGAUGACUGACGGUCAAUCAGCCAUGACUCUGGUGUCAGAGGAAGGGGCGGAGUCUGACACUGGGAUCGGGCAAGGGGAGGGGCGUCCUGCAUGGGACAGUAAGCUACAGUACGUCCUUGCCCAGGUGGGCUUCAGCGUCGGACUCGGGAACGUGUGGCGCUUCCCGUAUCUCUGUCACCAAAACGGAGGAGGAGCGUUCCUGUUGCUCUACGUGAUGAUGCUGCUGCUGAUUGGAGUUCCUUUGUAUUUUAUGGAACUGGCCGCGGGUCAGAAUAUUCGCCAGGGCAGCAUCGGGGUCUGGAAACACAUCUCGCCACGCCUCGCUGGCAUCGGCUACUCCAGCUGUGUGGUUUGUUUCUUCAUGGCCCUGUACUACAAUGUCAUCAUUGCAUGGGCUCUGUUCUACUUGGGAAGUUCUUUCCAGUACCCGUUACCAUGGCAACAGUGUCCCAUAGAUCCUGGCACGAACCAGACAGUGAAGGAGUGUGCCGCCAGCUCUCCCACCUCUUAUUUCUGGUUCCGCAAGGCUCUCGAUAUCUCCGACUCGAUUGAUCAAUCUGGAGAGUUUAAUCUUGUGAUUACCGGGUGCCUGCUUGCAGCUUGGACAAUAGUCUGUCUCGCCAUGAUCAAGGGCAUCAAGUCCUCAGCCAGGGUGAUGUACUUCUCCUCUAUUUUCCCGUACGCUGUGUUGUUCUGUUUUCUGAUCAGAGGUCUAAUGCUGGACGGCGCCACCGACGGACUCGCCUAUAUGUUCUUUCCAAAAUUAGAGAUCUGGGCUGAGGUGCAGGUUUGGCGCCAGGCUGCCACUCAGGUUUUCUUCGCUCUCGGUCUGGGCUACGGGUCUGUGAUUGCUUACUCCUCCUACAACCCAAUCAACAACAACUGCCACCGGGACUCCCUGAUGGUCUCUGCCAUCAACUUCAUGACCUCAGUCCUGGCCUCGCUCGUCGUCUUCACGGUCCUCGGCUUCCGAGCCAAGAACAUCGCCCUGGAGUGUGUUGUGGAGAAUGUGAGUAAAAUGUCAGAGAUGGUCACUUCGGGCACAGCUCAACCCUGGUGGCCGUUGUUCAAUAUGUCCGACCCCAGAUCCAUAGAAGUGAAGGAUUACCAGGAGUGGUACAGGCAUUAUGGGAGCCUGCUAGACUCAAAUAUCACCGACUGUGACCUGGAGAGAGAAAUGAACAAGGGAGUGGAAGGAACUGGUUUGGCGUUUAUCGCGUUCACCGAGGCCAUGGCGCUGUUCCCAGCCAGUCCGUUCUGGUCAGCGCUGUUCUUCCUCAUGCUCCUAAACCUGGGUCUGUCCACCAUGUUCGGUACCAUGCAGGGCAUCCUCACGCCACUCAUGGACAACUUUAAACUGCUGGGGCGCCACAGGACGCUACUCACCGUGAUAAGCUGUAUCCUGGGGUUCCUGAUUGGUCUGCUCUUCACUCAGCGCAGCGGGAACUACUUUGUGACCAUGUUCGACGAUUAUUCCGCCACUUUGCCACUGAUGAUCGUCGUCAUCUUCGAGACCGUCAGUGUGGCAUGGAUCUACGGUGCUGAUCGGUUUCUGGACGAUGUUGAGGUGAUGCUGAAAUGGCGCCCUCCAGCCAUCUAUAAGUACAUGUGGAAGUAUGUGUGUCUGCUGGCUAUGGUGGGUCUGCUAGCUGCCAGCCUGCUGCGCAUGUUCUUCAAGUGGCCGACCUACACAGCUUGGAACCACACCACGGGGUCCGAGAGCAGCCUGGGAUACCCAGGAUGGGCUUUAGUGAUGCUAGCGCUGCUCAUCAUCGCUGCCUGUCUUCCAGUGCCUGCUGGCUACGUACAUUCCCUUCUCUCUCAUAAGUGUGGCCCAUCACAGGCAGAAGGAGAGGCUGAGCAUCAUAGAGAACGGUACUCCAAAUGUAGUACCACCGAGCCAGAACUCAACAGCCAUCACACCACUCUGGACGAGGACAUCAGCCGAACCACCUUCCUGUCCGUGGCUGCAGAUCACUACAGGCUUCUCUCACAGCAGGAGGAUGGGGAAGAGGAGGAGGAUGACACAGAACUGUAAUAAAUUCUGACAAGGAAGAACAUGUAUAGUGUUUGGGCAAGAUGACUGAAUGGGAUGCUGGAGUGUCUAGGAGACAGUUGCCAAGGCGACUGCGCUCACAGUGCAAUUUUAAAGAUAGAAAGUGAGAAACUGGAGAGAAGUGAGAAAUGGAACAGAAUCUCAAAUCACUGAAAUGAAUUAACACAGUCACUUUUUCGGGAGUUAGAAACCAAACUGGACUUGGAUAUAGGAAUGGCAUGCGUUAAACCGUUUUAAAAAAACACUAAAACCGAACAGCUUUAACAUUCAAACCAGCCCUGACCCUACGAGGCAUCGAUUCUGAAGAUGUGCUUUUAACUUCCUAUCUGGUCUGAAUUGAAGUGUUUAUUUAAGUAUGCACGGUGUGUAUCAGGGAACUGGUACACUUGCUCAAAAUUGGAACGCUUUCUCUUUUUUAUUUUCUUUAAUUCAGUUAAAAUGCUAUGUCUGAUUGUGCAUGAUUAUAAAUAAUUCAGUCAUUUUCCCCUUUCUCUCUUUUUGGCCGACGGCCUUAUCCAGUCCGACUUGUGUUUUCAUUUUAGUUUAGUUAGGGGGCCUUGCUUAAGGGCCCAGCAGUUUUGAUGUUACAGCUGAUCGGUGUAUAGCAGGGCUAGAUUCAUUCUGCUAUUAACACAUCACCCAUGAUCAUUUAAAAAGAAAAGGAGCUUCGGCACAUGUUUUAAUGUUGUUCAAGGAGGAAGUGUAGUUGAAUUGUGGAUUUUCUUGUUUCUUGUUUAUAGAAAAACUUAUUUCAGUGAAGCAAAUUAAUAUCUCACGUUAUACAGGUCAGUUACUCCCAUCUGAGGCUUGUCUAUGAAUUAAAAAGCGAUGUGCUUAGCCUGGGGUAAAUGUAAAUGGAAUAAGUAUGUUUGUGUUUAUCAUCAGGUUUGUUGUAAAUAGAUGUAAUCUUAUAUAGAUUUAUGCUUUAAGGACAUUGUGUUUCUUUUCCGUUUAUAAUGAUUUGUCACUAAUGUUGCCAAGUGCCUCUGUUAUUAUGUAUAAAAUAAUAUUGAAAUCCUUUUUUUUU